AUGCUGAUCAGCUCCCUCCGCGGCCGACCGUUGCCGCACUCCAAGGCCGUCAUCACCGGUCUAUGCACCAAGCGCCUCUCCUCCCACGCUCACAAUGCUUGUUCCUCGCAACUGAAGGGAAUUCACCUCCCUAGAUCCACAUCGCUUCCAAUUUCGCUUCAAGUCAGACAUAAUUCGUUGCAAUCGCCCAUAAAACCAGGGCCGACGGACCAUGCGGAGAAGAACCCGGCCACCCACUACAUCCCUCCACAGACCGGCUUGAUCGCGUCUUUACCAAAGUCAUGGAUCCCGUAUGCGGAGCUAGUGCGCCUUGACAAGCCCACCGGCACAUACUACCUUUUCUUCCCAACCCUCUUCUCCACCCUCCUCGCCGCGCCAAUGGCCGGUGCAGCUCCCCUGCAGGUCCUGGGCACAUCGGCUCUGUUCUUUUCGGGCGCACUGAUCAUGCGGGGCGCAGGCUGCGCGAUCAAUGAUCUGUGGGACCGUAAUCUAGACCCUCAUGUCGAGCGCACCAAGUUCCGCCCCAUCGCGAGAGGGGCACUGUCGCCGCCCAAGGCCGUGCUUUUUACCGGGUCGCAAUUAUUGGCGGGCCUGGCGGUACUGCUUUCCUUCCCGACGCAGUGCCUGUGGUACGGUAUCCCGAGUUUGCCGAUUGUGGUCGCCUACCCUCUCGCCAAGCGCGUAACCAAUUAUCCCCAGGCCGUGUUGGGGCUCGCCUUUUCGUGGGGUGCGAUCAUGGGCUUCCCAGCCUUGGGCGUGGACCUCCUUGCAAAUCAGGAUGCUUUGAUGGCUGCCGGGGCUCUAUAUUCUAGCUGCAUUGCUUGGACAGUACUGUACGAUAUGAUCUAUGCACACAUGGACAUCAAGGAUGAUGUUGCCGCCGGAAUCAAGUCCAUCGCUCUUCGCCAUGAACACAACACCAAGGCCGUAUUGAGUGGCCUGGCGGUGACCCAGGUCUCUCUUCUCGCAGCCGCGGGAGUUGCCAUUGGCGCGGGACCUGUCUUCUUCGCUGGUAGCUGUGGAAGUGCCGCGCUUUCGCUUGGUCUCAUGAUCUGGAAGGUCCAGCUGAAGAAUGUGAAGAACUGCUGGUGGUGGUUCAAGAAUGGAUGUUUGCUGACCGGUGGAGGAAUAUCCUUGGGCUUGCUCGCCGAGUAUGCGAUGCAGUACCUCGGACUGUAUGAUACUGCGGAGCCAAGGUUGCCAGAGGCCGGGGCAAUCCUAUAA